UGGAAAUAGGCCUAUUGUCACACGACAUUUGUCUUACAACUUCGAUCUGGGAGAUAUUAUACGGAGUAUGUAUACUUGAUUGAUUUUCUUCCACUCUUCAAAAAACAGUUGCUCACCAUAAAAAAAACAGUUGCUUCAAUUCUUCAUAUCCAUCCAUCCAUCUAUUUUCCUACUCAGUUGUUCUAGCUCACUCCUCAGUUAGCUGAUUAGAAUGGGUAAUGCUUUGAGAUUCUUGUACGGCCAGUGCUGCAAACCCUCGGCGGAUUCCGAUGCUCUGGGCCACCAUGGCAUAACGCCGGCCACCGUCGGAGUCUCCGCUCUCGCCCAAGAUCUCUACAACUUUGAGAUCACCUCCCAGGUUCCUCAAGGAUUAAGCAAGCACGUAGUAUCAUCCAAGAAGGCUCAAUCAAACUGGUAUGGGAAACUUUCAGUAGCAUGGAGAGAAGGAAGGCCUCCUCAAACUCCAGAGGAAGCUUCAAGGCUUAUAAUCCAGACUCUGAAAGGGCAUAAGAAAGCAGAUGUUGAGGGAUUUCUGGAUUUUUACGGCCUCCCACUUCCCAGUUCUUUAGUUGAGCUGACAGAUGGAGGUCCUCCGCAGCACGCACACGGGCUUAAGUUUGAACUACUUACAUUGCCAGUGGAUGCAAAAGCAGUGGCAGAUGGGGACACAAUAACUGUAUAUGUAAGUGUCACAGAUCCCCGAGAGGCUUCUUGUGUUCCGAGAGAUGUUGCAGCUGCUGCCCGCGAAAGAGAAACUGCGCGGGCACAUAAAAAUUACACAAGAGCAGAUGAGCUGCAUAAGCACAUUAUUGACUCAGGAUAUCGGGCAAUAAGGGUGAAUAAUGAGGAGGUUCUGGCUCGGAAAUAUAGGAUUCGGUUAAGAGGUAUUGAUGCCCCAGAAAGCAAGAUGCCGUUUGGACAGGAAUCCAAGGACGAGCUUGUUAAAAUGGUUCAAGGGAAGAGCCUAAAAGUGAUGGUCUUUGAUCAGGAUCGUUAUGGCCGGUCAGUAGGAGAUGUAUAUUGCAAUGGCUUGUUUGUACAGGAAGUUAUGCUCAAGAAGGGUCUGGCAUGGCAUUACACGGCGUAUGAUCAACGCCCAGAAUUGGCAAAGUGGGAAAAAGAGGCAAGAGCAAAGCGAAUUGGACUGUGGGCAUCCAAGAACCCAGAGAUGCCAUGGGAAUGGAGGAAAGAAAAACGGGAAAACAACCAGCAUUAAGGAUCUAAAUUUUUUAAAAAAGUGAAUCUACAUUAAAAUGACUUCAUCACCACAACUCGUUCUUAGUGAAAAUUCCAUUAAAAAUGAUUAGUGGUGGUGAUAUCAACUUAGCUUAUAUAACGACAUAAAUCGGUCAUAUAUGAUGAUUUCAUAAAAUUAGUCAUCAAGCACAAACCAUGUUACCUUCAUUGAUGUACAGCAUUUUCUGUUGGCAAAUUGUAUGUAAGGUAUUUUCAUUAAGGUAGAUUGCAUAAUUUAUAUGAAAGUGGUUACAACUUACAAGUGUUUUUAAAUGUUGAAAUGAUUAAAUUGCUUGUAUUUUACUUGAUAG